CAAGAGCAAAGUCGCCAUGAUGGGAAUCAAAACGAACAUUCUCCUCAUUCUCCUGGUCAUUUCGGCUCAGGGUCAAGAGGAAGUGUGCGAAAGGAACAGAGUUUGCAGCAUUGUUCACAACAGAUUUUGGCUGCCCAAUAAACAUGAAAAGGUGUGCAAGUGUCCGGGAAAACCCUGCCCAGUCGUCUACUCCAAAGAUAGUAACUUCCUGGCCGUGAACACUCGCUCGCAGAUGCAUUUUUGUGAGCCUCUGUCAUCGGAUUUGCCUCCCUGCGACUCUUCAAGCAUCAGCCUCAGCAUCACCCAGAAAAUCCUCUCCAAUCUGCGAAUGCAGCAGCAAAUAGAGCUUCACUGCAAGUGCGAGGGGAAGAAGUACUGGAAGUACUUCAGCCACAUGGAGAGACACAGCGAGGAGACUCAGGACAGAACAAUCACCGACAACUUCCAGUGCGUGGAGUUGAAGAGAUGCUCAGCUGGUCAAUUUUGCGGAUUCGCAAGGACAGAUUAUGGCUUUGUGUAUCACAGAUGCUCCUGUCCACAACACUACAGAUGCAUGUUCGAUCCCGGAAGUCUGGAGGUCUUCGAUGGCGUCCAGGAGCUCUUUUAUAAUGGCACAGCUUAUGAGGCUCACUGUCGCCUCGCCCACGAUGACGAUUUGUGGUAAUUUAGCAAAGAUAUCCCCAAAUAAAUUCACUUACCUGCAG